AUGGAAGAGAUUGGAAUUGUUGGAGUAGGACCAUCAGCGUCAACUUGUACAGGACCAGAAGUGGUAAGCAUGGGAGCUGCUGAUGAGGAACGAAAAACAAGAGGAGAACCAGACAUAGUUGGAGCAGAGGAAAUAGGACUUACAGUAGGAACAUCAGAGACUGAUUUAGGCUACGAGGAGAAACCGAUGUGUAUUAUCGACAGACAAGUUAGACAGUUGAGAAACAAGUCGAUACCAAUGAUAAAGGUGGAAUGGAAAGAGCAUCACGGCAAGGAUGCCACAUGGGAAAUGGAAGAGGAGAUGAGAAUUCGACAUCCAGAAUUAUUCCCGGAACAAGGUCCUUGA